AUGAAAUGGAUGAUCAACGCAUCAGUUGCAGUGCAUCCAGAUUUCAAGAGCUAUACUGGCGGCACUCUGUCCUUUCGAGGAGGUGCAGCUCAAGUGAUGUCAAAGAAGCAAAAGCUAAACAGCAGAAGCAGUACAGAAGCGGAAUUGAUUGCUGUUGACAAUGUUGUCAUGAUGAUACUAUGGACAAAGUUGUUCAUGGAGUGGCAAGGGUAUCUGAUCGAGAAGAAUAUCUUGUAUCAGGAUAACAAAAGCGCCAUUCUACUGGAAGAUAAUGGUCGCAAGAGCGCGGGCAAAAGAAGCCGAGCUAUCGAUAUUCGUUAUUUCUUUAUCACAGAUCAAGUUGAGAAAGGAAAUGUUAAGAUCAAAUACUAUCCAACUGACGAUAUGAUUGCGGAUUUCAUGACUAAGCCAUUGCAAGGUGAGAAGUUUCGCAAGUUCAGGGAUCUGAUUCUUGGUCCACAGGAAUAG